AUGCCAACUCAAUACGGUUACGGAUACGUUAAAGGUGCCAAAGAGAUUACCAAAUUCACCGACUUGCCAAUUCCAGAACCGGGUCCAAGCGAAUUAUUGUUGAAGAUUGAAGCUGCUGGAUUAUGUCUUUCUGACCCUCAUACCAUAAUUGGUGGUCCAAUCGCACCCAAGCCACCAAAACCAAUGCCAACUAAAUUUGUCAUGGGACACGAAAUUGCUGGUAGUGUGUACAAGAUUGGAAAAGAGUUGGCUGAGAAGCCACAAUUUAAAGUUGGUUCACGUUUUGCUUUACAAAUUAGUCAAGCUUGUGGUGCUUGUGCCUCUUGCAGAAGCGGUGAUGAUGGUAACUGUAGUGACAAUAACCAAGCCUAUGGGUUGAAUGAAGAUGGUGGGUUUCAGCAAUAUUUAUUGAUUAGAAACUUGAGAACACUUAUACCAAUUCCUGAUAACGUUUCAUAUGCUGAAGCUGCUGUGUGUACUGAUUCUGUCUUGACUCCAUUCCAUGCCAUUAAAAAAGUUGGUCACAAAAUUAAACCUCAUUCUAAAGUACUUGUUCAAGGAUGUGGUGGGUUGGGCCUCAAUGCCAUUCAAAUUUUGAAACAAUUCAAGUGUCACAUUGUUGCCACUGAUUUGAAAUCCGAUAUUGGAUCAGUUGCUAAAGAAUAUGGUGCUCAUGAAUUUUACACCAAUUUGAAUGAUUCCAAACAUGAGCCAGAAUCAUUUGAUAUUAUUUUUGAUUUUGUUGGUAUGCAAGAAAGCGUUGAUAUUUCCAACAAGUAUAUCAAGAGAAGAGGUACAUUAUCUCAAAUUGGAUUAGGUAGGUAUAAAUUCAAGAUGCCAAACUAUACUUUUGCUUACAGAGAAGUUGAAGUUUUCUACAAUUUUGGUGGAAGUUCGGCUGAAAAUCUUGAAUGUUUGAAUUGGAUUUCCAAAGGAUGGAUUAAACCAAAUGUUCAUUUUGUUGAUUUUGAUAAAUUGCCUCAAGCAAUGCAAGAUUUGUCUAAUAAUAAAGUUAGAGGUAGAGUUGUUUUUAGACCAAAUAAAUUAUAG